AUGAAUUUGGCAAACAUUCCCAACCACCUGCAGUCGCCGCCGCAGAAGCCUCCGGGGUUCACGGCGACUGCCGACUCCAUUGUCCAAGAAACCGACUUCUUUCUGCAAGGUCUGCUCGAGACGCAUGAUCGCGUCUCACGACAAGUCACGCCAGAAGACGCCCGUUUCGAUAAUGUAAUUCUUCCUCUUGUCCACGGGGACAAUAGUCGUAUUCACCACGGACGUACACUGGACUUGUACGACCUGUUGUCCUCCGAUGCCGACGUCCAAGAAGCUGCUAGCAAGGCCCGGGCGCGCCUUGAUCAAUUCGCCCUUGAGUCCGGCCUCCGACAAGAUUUAUACCAGCUGGUCGGCCCGGUCAAGACACAGCUCGACAAUCUCGACGAUGAGUCGCAGCACCUAGUGCGGCAAAUGUGCCAGAGCUUUGUUCGCAGCGGCACUUGCCUACCACUGAGUGCUCAGGAUCGGCUCAAAGAGAUUAAUGCGCGAAUCAAUACUGUCAAAUCCGAGUUCAAGAAGAAUCUCUUGCAAAGUAGAACGAGUGGAGGCGUUUGCUUUACCCACGAGGAGCUUCAUGGUGUUCCCGAUGACAACUUGUCUCGUCUGCCCCGCGGCAAGGUUGAGGACGGGGAUCAAGAUAAGCUGCUUGUGACCAGCCCGGCACUGGUAAUGAGACACGCCAAGCGCGGAGAGACCAGAAGGCGAUGUGAAAUGGAAUCGCAUAAUCGGAUUCCCCAAAACGUCCCCCUCUUCAAGGCGGUCGUUGUGCUGCGGGACGAGGCCGCGCGACUGCUUGGAUAUCCCAGCCACGCCGCAUUUCGCAUCGAGACCAAGCUAGCACGCGACCCAGACACGGUCAACAGCUUUCUUCAGCAGCUGUCGUCUCGACUUUCUAUCACUGGGAAAAGCGAAGUGGAGGAACUGAGACGCGUCAAUGAUGACAACGUCUACCUGUGGGAUCUCCACUACUACCAGGCCAUGUUGAGGGAGAAGGAGUUCUCCAUAGACCAAAAGGCCGUGUCCGAAUAUUUCUGCUUGGAACCCACUGUUUCGGGUUUGCUAGGCAUAUUUGAGCACCUUUUCGGGCUGACAUUUGUCGAGCUCUCAACCAGCGAAUGCGGUGCAUGGAGUGACGACGUACAGCUUUUGGGCGUUUGGAACAGCGAUAGAGAUAACGCCUUUCUCGGCUACCUCUACCUGGACAUGUUUGAACGCGACGCCAAGGCUGGCAUCCAGUCGGCUUUGAACGUGGUGCCCGGUUAUCGUCGACAAACGGGCGACUAUAACUACCCCGUGUCCGUCCUGAUUUGGAACUUUUCCAAGCCUAAGCCGGGACACCCAAAGCUCAUGGAUCAUGGUCAGCUUGUGCAGCUCUUCCACGAGCUCGGCCACGGCGUUCACGACAUGGUGUCGCACACGCGUUACGCCUGCUUUCACGGAUCUUGCGGCACCUCAGUCGACUUUGGAGAGGCGCCGAGCCAGCUGCUCGAGAACUGGACCUGGGUCCCUUCGCAAGUCCAGUCGCUCAGCAGACACUACUCAUACCUUUCGAAUGAGUACUAUCAGAUGUGGCAAGAAGAGCAAGGAGCAACUGCAAGGGACCAGCCCCCGGAGAAGAUGCCGGAUGACAUGAUUGCUUCCCUCUUGAGGGCAAAACACGUAGGAACCGCCAUCACCCAUUUGCUCACGCUUGCGCUCAGCAUCUACGACAUGACGGUCCAUCAAGCCAAGAGUCAGCAAGACGUGCAAAAUAGCAACAUGUCUGCCCUUUACAACCAAGCGCUGAGAAAGACGUACCCUCUUCAGCAGCCAGAAGGCGACGAAUGGGGCCACAAUCAGACCAAGCUCCAGCAUCUCAUCAGCUCAGACUACGACGCAGGGCUGUACAGUUAUCUUUUCUCCCGGGCGUAUUCCGCGGACAUGUUUAACACAUACUUUCGACAUGACCCCAUGAGCGCGACAGAAGGUCGCAGGUUUCGCCAACAAGUGCUUGAGAAAGGUGGCAGCCAGGACGAGCUCAAGACCAUGGAGGAUUAUCUGGGCCGGCCUCUCAACAUGACAGGUCUAUACAAGGAGCUUUGCUACAACGAAGUGCGAGAAAAGGAAAACCACUGCAGCUAG